AUGUCCGCCAACGAGACCACCAUAGCUGAGCUAGCUACCUCAAUCCAUCGCGAGUUCCGUCUCUGCAUGCAGCAAAGCAGUCUCAUGCAUGAGAAAUGGGCCGAAGUGAGAAUGUCAGACUUCAAUCUAUGGGCCGCUGGAGUGGGCCUCACGGCCGGAAAGAAUGCCUCGCUUGAUACUAGACUUCAGGCCAUGCCAAACGAGCUAUCAACAGUGAAGCACCUGUUGUCCUCGCUCAAGAAGACUUUGACAGACUGUCAGAGAAAUUCUGACUGUGAGCUUGAGACAUCAAUGGACGUCGUCGACCUAGUUAUCGAGAGCUUAGCCCUGCUAGCCACAGUCAUCAGACGCACAGGACAGCGAUCGCGCCUUAGGAGAGCAAACCAGACCUUCAAUAAUCAGAGGCAAAUGCGGCUGCGACGGCAUUUUGAGUGCAUUGUGCUUCUCCGGCCGACAGAUGAUGCCCUCUUCCGACCAGUGAUUCAGCCGAAUUCUCCUGAGGAUUGGAUGAGCAUAGUGCCCAAUUUUGAAGCAGGAAAACAUCAUUUAACACCCCUCCAGACGCGACUUAUUAAUGCCAAUCUCAGGCGAAGAUAUUGGUUUCUUUGUGCCCAAAGACAUUCGGAGAAGCUUGCCGGUCCCCAGAAAGUAUGGACACCACGAGCUUCCACAAUUGAAAAAGAAAACCAAAUCACGCCACCGGCGGAAGAUUAUGUACCUCAACAGUCAGUUACGCUGUCCUCGAGACCAGCCAGUUCUUAUGCUGUCAAAGACACCGACGAAAAGUCCACAUUUCGGGACUUGUCGACAGUAGCAUCGACUGUCGGGACCAUACCUACCUCCAAAAAGGGCAGAGCUAGUGCGGCAGAGUUCUCCCGGACAAGAAUUACCGCCAUUGCGGCUGCUGUUCAAUAUCCAACCCUCAAAAGACUUGAUGCCGACUUCAGGAAAAGCAAAAUUAUCAAAUGUCCUUGUUGUUGCCAAUCCCAGCCUGCAACCAUGGCCGAGGACACCAAUGCAUGGAAGAGACACCUUGUAGAGGAUAUCCGCCCCUAUACCUGCAUUGCAGAUGACUGUCCGACUCCGCAUAUCCUGUACUGUACUCGGCAGGACUGGGAGGACCAUGUGAAAGCUGAUCACCGUCCCAACAGAUGGGGCUGUCCCAUAUGCGACCAUACGAGCGCAAUAUUUUCUGAGUUGGAAUCCUUGGUACGACACGUGCAGGGAAAGCAUGCGGAUGUGCUUCCGAUGGACAGUAUCCAGAAUAUUCUCCCUUGGGGCGCUAUAAAGUCCUACGGCCUGACAUGCUGCCCUCUGUGCGAUUUCUCUGGACCGCUGGACGCCCCUGAGCUAGUUGAUCACGUCCUGCAACACACCCAUGACUUUGCCUUACGGUCACUUCCAUGGCCACAACACAAAGCUCAUGCUCAAAGCCCACCGGGAACAUACAACUCCGAAGUCCCGAAUGCGAAAACUAUCAAAUCGUGGUUGGAUGAUAUUUGUGAUCACUCUACAGACCCAGCCAGUGUAAAGCUGGAUUUGAGGCCCUACGAUAUGGCUACUCAGGAUCCUAACGAGGAGCCUAGCGGCUUCGACUACUUUGAGAAGAACGACUAUUUCGCGGAUGCCUCUAGUAGACUAUCUCUGACUACCCUGUCACAGCGCUCUGAAGUAGACUCUCACACCGAAGCGAAAAUGAAUCCUGAAGGAAUUAUUGAUCGAAAUAUGGAACUAAAACAGAUUCCAAUCGUGAAUGAGGCUGUAUUUGAAUCAUACGUGGAUCAGCAUCAUGAUGAAUGCUUUCCAGGCACCCGAACCGAGCUUAUUCGUGAAAUCAUUGAAUGGGCGACAUCGCCACAAGGAAAAUGCAUAUUUUGGCUGAAGGGUAUGGCUGUGACUGGGAAAUCGACUGUCUCCCGAACAGUGGCAAAAUUAUUCAAAGAACGUGGAUUACUAGGAGCAAGUUUCUUCUUUAAAAGAGCUAAAGAGAAUCGAGGGAAUGCUUCAAAGUUUUUCUCGACAAUUGCGAGACAACUAGCGAUUAGCAUUCCCGAGAUGAUUCCAGCCCUCCAGAAAAUAGUCCGUGAUGACACAGGUAUCACUGCAAAGUCGAUAACAGCGCAAUUAGACAAACUCAUCCUUCAACCAAUUCAAAGCCUCGUGAACUCUGGCCGUCCGAUACAGACUCAGGUGAUUGUGAUCGAUGCACUGGAUGAAUGUGAAGGAGAUAGUGAAAUUCGACAUAUACUCGAACUUCUUCCACAGCUGCAAAAGUUAAAUACCGUGCGUCUACGAGUCUUCUUAGCCAGCAGGCCUGAACUUUCUAUACGUCUAGGGUUCUCAAAAAUCUUGAAUGACAACUAUCAAGAUUUGGUUCUCCAUGAUAUCCCUCUACCAGCGAUAGAGCACGAUAUAUCACUAUUCUUGCAUCACCGUCUUUCAGAGAUUAGGACAGAACGCAAGUUACCUAUCGGCUGGCCUGGAGACAUAAAUCUUCAAAAGCUAGUGGCAUUAUCCGUCCCGUAUUUUAUUUUUGCCAGUACUAUCUGCCGUCUUUUUGAAGAUCCUGACUGCCACCCUGAUGACAGUCUUGCCGAGAUACUUGCAUAUCAAUAUGAGAGGUCUCUUUUUGAUCGAAUGUAUCUUCCUGUGCUUAGUCGGCUCCUCAAAAAAGAUGAGAAACAGAAGAAGGAGCUUGUCCAAGUGGUCGGAGCAAUACUAGUAUUAAGGAGUCCGCUCUCAGUUGUCUCACUUUCAAGGCUCCUGAAUCUCCCAGAGAGAUUAAUUGUUCUUCGACUCAACCUUCUACACUCGGUUUUGAGUGUACCAAAUGACAUUAAUAUGCCCGUGCAGCUGUUUCAUCAAUCAUUUCGAGACUUUCUUCUUGAUCCAGAUACCCGCCAGAAAACUCCCUUUUGGGUGGACGAGAAAGAAACAAACUAUAGUUUGACUAUAAAUUGUCUCCUUAUAUGUCAAGAAUUGCGAAAAAAUUCGUGUGUGCUGCCAAGUUACGGGACUCGGCGUGCAGAAAUCGAUAACCUGACGAUCGAUAACUACUUCUCUUCAGAAUUGAAAUACGCCUCUCGGUAUUGGGCAAUUCAUUUAAUGCAGUGCAUAGAUAUAAGUGAUGCGAUGCAUAAAGCCUUCUUAUUCCUCAAGAAACAUUUCCUACACUGGGUAGAAGCAAUGAGCAUACUAGGUCUAGUGUCGGAAGUGUUGGUGACUCUUAAUCUCCUCCUAGAUGCUAUACAUGAGAAUCCCCUAUCUGGAAUGUCUGACUUUCUACACGAUGCAAAGCAGUUUGUUCUUAAGAAUCGCCGGAUUGCUGAUGAUACACCUUCCCAGCUUUAUUGUUCAGGGCUGAUAUUUGCACCCCAAACAUCAAUAAUUCGCAGAGAGUUCGCAGCAGACAUCCCUAUGUGGUUAUCCAGAUUAACACAAGUUGACGAAAGUUGGAUCGCAGAAUUACAGGCGCUCGAGGGCCAGGCAGGUCCCGUUAGGUCUGUAGCCUUCUCAGGUGAUGGCCGGCUACUUGCGUCUGCCUCUGAUGAUCAGAUAGUGUGGCUCUGGAACUCAACGACAGGCUUGCCGGAGCAGAAAUUUGAGGGCCAUUCAGGCUCGGUUCAGUCUGUGGCCUUCUCACCCGACGACCGUCUACUGGCAUCAGGCUCUAAUGAUGAGACUUUGCGGCUCUGGAACACUGCAACAGGCGCCCUGGAACAGACUCUUGAGGGCCAUUCAGGUCCGAUUCAAUCUGUGAUUUUCUCGCCCGACGGCCGCUUUCUGGCGUCUGGCUCUAGCGAUCAUACAGUGCGGCUCUGGGACACUGCGACAGGCGCCUUACUACAGAAUUGGCCAGUGGAAAGACUAGUCACUAAUCUCGAAUUCUCUCAGGAUAGUUCAUGUCUAAACACCGACGUGGGCGCCCUUAGUAUUCAGCCGCGGGGUGACAUGCCUUCGAUUAAUUCACCUCGUUUGAAUAUCAGGAUCUCUAUCGAACACGAUCAGUGGAUAAAAUUAGACGGCAAAAAGGUUCUCUGGCUUCCUACAGAGUUUCGGCCUAGCUGUUUCGUGGUAAAAGGCAAUAAACUUGCUCUAGGCCACGCAUCUGGGGGGAUUUCAAUACUAGAAUUUUGGAUAUAG